CACAAACCCCCCGCCCCCUCGCUGCGCCAUUCCGCCUCCUCCGAGGGCGAGAAGCUUCCAGGAGCAGCUAGGGUUUCUCGUACCGAUCGAUGGCGCUGACCGUCGUCGUGGUGCUGCCCUCGCCGCCGCCGCCGCCGCCGCCGGAGCAGAUCGUCGUCGCGGUGCUGCCCUCGCCGCCACCGCCGCCCCCGCCGGCGCGGGUCGUCGUCGUGGUGCCGGCGCGCGUGCGCCUCCCCCGCGUCCUCCGCGUCGCGGCCUUAGCCCUCAUCUACCUGGGCUUCGCGGUUGCGUGGGUCAUGGCCGCGGCCACGGCUGCAGAGGUCGUCGCGCGCCGCGCCUGGGGCGAGGGCUCCGCUCCCGUCCUGUUCCUCCAUGCGGUCAUGUACGGGGCCCUCAAGGUCUGCGUCUACACCAUCCUUGCCGUUUUCGCGCUUGUCGUCCUGCUGCUGUGCACCCAGUGCGUGGCCUAUGUGAUUGCACUUGUAUCUGGAUCCACUUCGGGAUUCAAGAAGAGCACCUUCGGAGCAAUCAGGCCAGAAUUGACUGCACACUUUUUUAGGCUUCUGCGCCCAGCGGUGCUUGGAUUUGUCGUGGAUUUGGCCUUCGUCCUGCUAGCGGUCGCUGGUCUUCUGGUAGAGAUGAUGUCGCCACAUGUGAAGGGAUCGAUAUCUAAGGGGGAAAUGGUCGGUUCUGUAAUCGAGGAUGUGGGGAUAUUUGGUAUGCACGCGACAGUUUGCUUUCUUAUCAUCCCAGCUCUCGUUCUCAGUGUUUGGAGGGAGUGCUAGGCGGACAGGAACGCAUCAUCGCAGUUCUGUUGAGAUGAAGCUAAGAAGAGAAGGUGUCCGGAAAUUUUUGCAAGGAGCUACAGUACCCGUUCAGCUGAUGGUUGUGAGUGAUCCCAACAGAUGCAAGUUUUCAGAGGAAAAACAGAGUUUUUGCAGACUUGCUUCUUUCUGUUAGUAGAUCCUAAUCGUCGAUAGCCAUGAAAACUUUUGUAGACGUGCUUCUUUCUGCUAUUACUAGAUCCUAAUCGUCAAUAGCCAUGAAGUUUCUUGGGUCAUUAUGAGUCAGGUGGUGUUCGGUACUCCUCCGUGCUACUCGCUUACAAGAUUGCAUUAGGGUAUUGGUGUGUAUAUCAUGGUGGAAUUGAUUCGUGAUCUCUUUGUAAUACCCUAUUGAAAGAAAAUGCUUCCAUGAGACAUUAAUCUCGUAAA